AUCGGGGGUGUUGCUAGUUGUUGAUGGUGGAUUAUAAUAAAAAUUAAAAGUGGGGUUGUUUUUCAUUUUUGUUGGGGUGAUUUAAACUAGAAGGACAGUAUAGACAGUUUAUGAUAAAUGGAGUUUUUGUGAACAAAAUAUUUUGUUAGAGUUUUUGUGAAGGGAUGGUGACACCUUUGAUGUUGUAACGGGCGGACUAUUUUAAUUUUGAUUAAGCGCCCCAAACAAUUAUUACCAAAACUAAUUAAAAUGAGUAUUAAAUAAUGUCAUAAAUUCUGACUCAAACAGUCCCCACAAUCUUUUUGACCGCCCAUAUAUUCCCUCCUUCUUGCUAACUUCUUUACUGUCUGUCUAUCAAGAACACCACCACCCAUUUCAUCAAAAAAAAACUUUUUGAUUACAAAAAAAUCUUUGUCUGGAAGCAGUGAACUGUAUCUUCAAAUUCCAAAGUUUCAAACCCUCGUGAGAAGAAAAUUCUUAUAAUAUGAAACCCACUACUGAUUUCCGUUUUCCACAGAGAAAAGUAUAGUAUCCCACGUCACUCGUGUGCAAACAUUAUUCUCACUGUCUGAAACUUCUCUUCACUUUCAUAUUCAUUUGUUUUUCUUUAUUUAUUCAAUUCCCUCUUCUAAAUUAUAUGAUUCUAAAUUUGUAUAUAUAAAUAGAUAGAAUAUAGGAUGGUUAGAUAUCCUGUCAGAACCAUUUGUGUGCUACAACAGUUUGGUUUAUGAGCGGCAGACAAAGUUGAAUCCUUUUUUUAGCUGCAAUUUGAAGAAGAAAGAAGAAGAAGACUCUGGGGUUUAGAAGAUUUUUCAGGUUGACUUUUUGGUCUUCUUUGAAGUUUGGUUGGUUACUUGAGCUUCAAUGGGUAUAUCAUUAUCUUUACUUUUAUCAGCCUGGAAAGAAAUCAUUGUGAAUAGAGGUAUGGUUGGAAUUACGGAUAACGGCGAAGAAGUUAUAGUUAGGACUAUUAGUUUCAAUAGAAAAGAUGGUGAGAUCAUUGUUAGGAAUGUUAGUUUUAAGAAGAAAGAUAAUUUGGAAAGUAGUGAUUCGCUGUCUGAUGGGUCUGAUACUAAGAUGGUAAUGGAGGAACCGACGAGUUUUAAGAAUUGGGAACGGAGUAAAUUGACGCUGAAGACUGUGUUUUCGUUCAAGAAUCCAUUCAUUGACAACAACGAUUCUUCAUUUACUUCAAGAAACAAAGACGAGGCUUCUAAGAAAGCGAAAUCCCCUUCAUUUCCUGAACCAGAAGUUAUGUAUUCUCCAAGGCCAUUGAGCGAGCUUGAUGCUGCGGCUGUUAAGCUUCAAAAGGUUUACAAGAGUUAUCGAACCCGAAGAAAUCUUGCUGAUUGUGCAGUUCUCGUUGAGGAACUUUGGUGGAAAGCACUAGACUCUGCAGCUCUUAAGCUGAGCUCGGAAACAUUCUUUAAUGUCGAGAAACAUGAAACUGCUUCUUCCCGAUGGACUCGUGCAUUGACUAGAGCUGCCAAGGUUGGAAAAGGUUUGUCAAAGGAUGAGAAGGCGCAAAAAUUAGCCCUUCAACACUGGCUUGAAGCUAUUGACCCACGACAUCGUUACGGUCAUAACUUGCAUUUCUAUUAUGAUCUGUGGUUUGAUUGCGGGAGUUCCCAACCUUUCUUCUACUGGUUGGAUGUUGGAGAUGGCAAAGAAGUAAAUCUUGAAAGGUGUCCUAGGAGCACACUUCAACGUCAGUGCAUCGAAUAUCUUGGACCAAAAGAGAGGGAAGUCUACGAAGUAAUCGUGGAAGAUGGAAAGCUUGUCUACAAACAAGGCGGAGAGUGUGUGGACACUGUUGAAGGCUUCAAAUGGAUUUUUGUCCUAAGCACAUCGAGAUCAUUGUAUGUUGGGAAGAAGAAAAAGGGUCAGUUUCAACACUCGAGUUUUCUAUCUGGCGGGGCUACAACAGCGGCUGGAAGAUUAGUGGCCCAUGAUGGGGUUCUUGAGGCAAUUUGGCCAUACAGCGGCCACUACCUCCCCACCGAAGAGAAUUUCAAAGAAUUCGUCAGCUUCCUCGAGGAACAUCAUGUGGAUCUCACCAAUGUUAAGAGAUGUGCAAAUGAUGAAGACUGUCCAUCAUCAUUCAAAGUUACCGACAGUGAAGUGGAUAGUAAGGCAGAAGAUACAGAGGGUUCAUCAUUCAAACUCACUGAUGCACCCCCAGCAGUUGAUACUACUAGUAUUCCUAAAGAAGAGACCAACGGCAAUGCGCAACCACAGAAGUUCGAUUUAGCCAAGCGUUUAUCUUGCAAAUGGAGUACAGGAACCGGACCUCGUAUUGGAUGUGUCAGUGACUAUCCAACCGAGCUACGAUUCCGUGCACUCGAACACGUCAAUCUAUCGCCAAGAGUUAGGACCGGAAGUGUUGGGUACUCGGGACCAAUCCCUUCACCGCGACCUAGUCCAAAGAUUCGACUUUCUCCAAGACUUGCUUACAUGGGUCUGCCUAGUCCUAGAAGCUCUAUACCCAGUAGAACAACUUCCUGUUAAGCUGAUUGCAAAUUGCAAUAACUAACUAGGGUCGUCUUUUUUACUGGCUCAACUUGUGCCCCUUCAUCAAUAGGCUCAAUAAAUUUUAAUGUGUGGGAUAUGGAAAAAAAAAAUGAAAAUAAUUUGUUCAUCUUUUUUCCAUUUUCUCCCAUUUUUGUAAUUCAACAAAAUUAAAUUCAAUCAAA